AUGGUCCAGAUUCAGAAUCGGGUCUCUGCAUCUACUAAAGAUGUGGGAGCCAGCAGGCUGACCACUCCGAGAACUCAUCAUUGUGCUUUCCCUGAGGAACUGAGAGAAGAUGAUGUUGGAACGGGAGCAGGCCUGUUGGAAAUCAAGAAAAUUGGAGAUGAAUACUUUGCAUUCAUCACUGAGUGCAAAGACCCCAAGGCCUGCACCAUUCUUCUCCGGGGGGCUAGCAAAGAGAUUCUUGCGGAAGUAGAAUGCAAUCUCCAGGAUGCCAUGCAAGUGUGUCGCAGUGUUCUCUUGGACCCUCAGCUGGUGCCAGGGGGUGGGGCCUCUGAGAUGGCUGUGGCCCAUGCCUUAACAGAAAAAUCCAAGGCCAUGACUGGUGUGGAACGUUGGCCAUACAGGGCUGUUGCACAGGUCCUAGAUGUCAUCCCUCGUACCCUGAUCCAGAACUGUGGGGCCAGCACCAUCGGUCUACUUACCUCCCUUAGGGCCAAGCACACCCAGGAGAACUGUGAGACCUGGGGUGUAAAUGGUGAGACGGGUACUUUGGUGGACACGAAGGAACUGGGCAUAUGGGAGCCAUUGGCUGUGAAGCUGCAGACUUAUGAGACAGCAGUGGAGACGGAAGUUCUGCUACUGCAAAUUGAUGACAUCGUCUCAGGCCACAAAACGAAAGGCGAUGACCAGAGCCGGCAAGGCAGGGCUCCUGAUGCUGGCCAGGAGUGAGUGCUGGGCAAGGCUACUUCAAUGCACAGAACCAGCAGAGUCUCCCCUUUUCCUGAGCCAGAGUGCCAGGAACACUGUGGACGUCUU